UAGACAUCAAGAGCAACGUCCUCAUUCGAAAACCUAGUAGCCUGCUGUAGCUGUCACAACAGAAAUCCCUCUGCCUUUAGAAAAUGCUGGAGUGCUUUUUUUCCAAAAGUGAAAAAACUCCAUGGACAAGAGCUAAACGGUGGUGUGUUUUGACAAUCCUGAUGUUGGGAACGUUUAUGUUAACUUUCUACAUUUCGAGGUUAAGGUCAAGCCAAUCUUACGACGAUGACAGCACUUCACCACCAGAGGAUCCUUCAGCGUACUUUGUGCCUUACCCGCACAGGUAUCGAUUCAUAUUGGACGAACCCCAUAGAUGUUUGCAGGAAAGCCCAUUCUUAGUCCUUGUGAUUCCAGUCGCAUCCCACAACAGAGAGGCCCGUGACACAAUCCGUAACACAUGGGGGAGAGAAACCACAGUGCUGGGUCAGGUCGUGAGCCACUACUUCCUGCUGGGACUGUCCAAAGAGGAAUACGGAACUGCAACCCCCAAGGAGCAAGUGUUAGAGGAAAGCCAGAGACAUCAUGAUAUUCUCCAGAGUGACUUUUUGGACAGCUAUAAUAACCUCACCAUUAAAACCAUGGUCAUGUUCGAAUGGCUUGGCUCCCAUUGCCCCAACACCCCCUAUGCCAUGAAGAUAGACUCGGACAUGUUCCUCAAUGUCCACAACCUUGUUGACUUGCUUUUGAAAGCCCCCAAACAACUUUACAUGACAGGAAUGGUUGCGAGGAAUGCUAUUGUUAUAAGAGACCGUACAUCGAAGUGGUUUUUGCCCUAUUCUGCCUUCUCUGGGUCCAGAUACCCACCGUAUACCUUGGGACUGGGCUAUGUGUUCUCACUGGAUUUACCCAAGAAGAUACUGGAGGCAUCUGCACAUGUUAGAGCUGUUUACAUUGAAGACGUGUAUGUGGGAAUGUGUAUGAAGCAUAUGGGAUUACAACUGACUGAUCCUCCUCGUGGUGAUUUGUUCAGGGCACAGGGAUUGAUUCCUGAUGGGACAAGCAACUGUUACUGGACUUCUGUCAUUACAACAAUACUGCAAAACCCUAACCAGCUUUCAGAAGCAUGGAGAUCAUAUCGUUCUAUGAAUACUUCUGACUGUGCUUAGCAAAUCAAAGACUGUUACACCCUGCAACUGCAUAGCAGUGUUGCACGGUACAGCCAUGUUGCAUUACGGCAGAUACAAGACUGUAUCACUCUGUUGGAGUCGUUUUUUAGGACUAAAAAGCACUUAAUACACUCACUGAUGUUCGUUAGUGGCCUACCUCAUAACAAAGACGUUUUAUUUUGUAUAUGCAGUAGUUGUCACUUCCUCCAUAAUUGACCAACACAGUCUCACUCCCUGCGCGUCAAAGGACGCCGCUUGUUUGUUAGAAAUGGACGCCAAAGGAACCUGACCAAGCGUCGUCUUUUGACGCGCAGGGAGUGAGACUGUGUUGAAUUUAUGUAGGUAGUGACAGCUUAUGUGACCUUCAGUCAGUUUUUUUAAAGUUGAAGUGUCAGUUGUAUUAACAGUUUAUGUCUAAUAGUAUAUAGUCCUCAUUGCCAUUGGCCUUUUAGCUCCUUCAAAGGUUUGGGUUGUUGGGUCCUCAUUUGACGCAACAAAUCUGAAAUUAGUUGGAAGUAGGUGCAUCAUGCCGUUCAAGGCAUAAUUCUUAGGACAUUUGGUGCGUGUUUGGACACUUUAUGGUGUACCUAAAAAUUCAACUUUCAGUGAGUUAAGGCCUUAAUAUGAACAUUGUGAGGCUGCGCAUAAUGUGUUCAGAGGAUUGCAAAGAUUGCACAAAUGAUUGAAAAUAUGUCAAUACUUGCACAAUUUUAGGAUGGAGAUGUUGUGUUCAUGCAGCUUUCAUGUCCAACACAUCGAAUUUAAAUGUGUUUUAAGCUCAGCAAUCAGAGAAAGAUACCAGGUACAGUAUUUACCACGCUGGGAAACAAUGGAGUUUUAUUCACCAAAAGCAGCUACAUUUUACUUUAAAAGGCACAAUGUUUAAUACCACGCCACCUGCUAAAAGGAAGUACAGUAUUUUAUCUCUAUUAUGUAGAGUGGCUCUGGGGGACGGAGCUUAAGUUAGCUGCUGUGCUGGCUUGGAUUCGACGGGCAAAAACCCCAGUACAGACCUAAGUUAAAUUGAGAACAUUUUUGCGAUGGCAGUAACAGAAAGUUUAGUAAUCUGCUAACAGAAGAUCGCCCGUCCCAUACCUCCAUGAAUGUAAUAUUUACAAGUUGGAGCAGUACCACUUCUUAUGUCUCUGCAACACAAAACAGACAUCCAUGACUUAACAUAAACACCAUUACACCUUAAAUGAUGGCCUAUCUUAACCAAAGCACCUUUGAUGAAUGAAACAUGAAGCAUGAAGGAAAAUGAUGAUCAUCGAGCAUUCUCCACAGAAACCACCCAUGCAAGAGAAAGAGGUCUGCACGUCACUACGGAAAGUUCACAGUCUGCUGCAAACAUUUGGAGUUGCUACAACUCUGACAUAAUCUCAAAAACCAUGCCAUUUAUGAAAUGUACAGUUAGCAAAACCAGAAUUUUCACCAGCAAAAACACUUUUGUCAUGCAUGUGGUGGCCCCCUUGGCUGUAAACACAAGAACCUGCUAGCAUCAGAUUAGUAGUUUCUCUAGAGUCUAGUGGAAUGGUGGCUCUGAAGAUGGCAAUGUCAUUCCUUUUAUUGUGCAGUCCACCACUUUGGUGCGUUCUAAAAUGUUUUGCAUAAUGUGAAAUCCCAAGAAUGGUAUUCAUCAGUAAAGCCUGCCUUUUAAUGAAGGUCUUGUCAAAAAUGACAUGCAUCACAUGAAAUUGAGCAGAUAAAUAAUUGUAAAAGACAUCUGUCAAUGUAUGUAUGAUUCUAAUUGUAACAAUUGAUAUGUUGAUUUAAGUUGACUUUCAUAAUUCAC